AUGGAGUACGAAGAAGGUAACAACGGUCCACCACCCCCUCCUCCCAAUUAUGCUGAGCUUCUACGACAGCUGGAGGAGUUGCGUCAACAGGUCAACCGUGGACCACCUGUGCCUGUGCAGAAUCAAUAUGUAUACCAAGGCCAGGCAAAUCCAACUGUUCAUAGCAACAUCACGGCUAAUACUUUUGAGCUGAAAAGAGGACUAAUCCAGAUGGCGGAGAACAUUGCUUUUAGGGGCAAAUCCACUGACGACCCUAACAAGCAUAUCACCAAGUUCAUCCAGAUUUGCAACACAACAAAGAUGAAUGGAGUUACAGAUGAGCAGGUUCGACUAAGGCUGUUUCCUUUCUCAUUAGAGGAUUCAGCAAAGGAUUGGUUGGAGAGUUUGGAGCCAGGAUCGAUUAGAACAUGGGAUGCUAUGGUGGAAAAAUUUUUGGAGAAAUUCUACCCCCCUAGUGAAGCUAUAAAGAGGCAACACGAGAUCAUUGCCUUUCAGAUGACUCCUGCAGAGAAUAUCAGAGACGCAUGGGGGAGGUUUAAAUCUUUGAUGAAACGGUGUCCCAACCAUGGGUUAACCCCGACAGUUCAAGUCAUUACAUUUUUCAAGGGAUGCGUGCCUGAAGCACAACGGGAGUUGAACUUGAGCUCAGGCGGUAAUUUUCUCAAGAAAGGAGUGAAUGAAGCCAUGGAAGUGAUUGAGGAGCUCGCAUCUAAUGACGAAGGAUGGAGCAACGACAGGAGUAAGGUGCAUAGGGUGGCUUCUACUACAGAUCAUGAUUCUAUGAGCGCCUUAUCCGACAAGUUGGAUGCGCUGACCAUGAAAUUCGACUGUAUAGCAAUGGGGCAACCGUCUCAAGAACCCCAAGGAAAAAUGGGGGACGUGAACUAUGUGAAUCAAGGGGACAACAACCGGUACUUCAAUAAUCACCGCCCCAACUUUCAGGGUGGAGGAUAUAAUCAGUUCGGGAAAAAAUGGCAUCCCAAUCUCUCUUAUGGAAACCCAAAUAAUGCUCUGCAACUACCCCCGGGGUUCACAGUUACUGAUGGAGUGGUUAAUGAUCCGAAGAAGAUGACCACGGAAGACAUACUCAAGUCUUUCAUGCUACAGUCCAACAAGCUCAUGGAGCAGAACAAUCAAAGGAUGGAGAAGGUUGAGACAGAUGUGCAAAGUAUGGCCACUCAUCUGAAGAACAUCGACACACAGAUCAGCCAGAUUUCCCAGACUGUGAGUACUAUUACUCAAUCGGGAAAAUUCCCUUCGAACACCAUCAUAAAUCCCAAAGAAUGCAAAGCUGUGCAUCUAAGGAGUGGCACUAUUUAUGAAGCUCCCUCACUGCCUGCGACCACAUCUGAUACCGUUCUUGAGCCCAAGGCUGCCGUGGCAGAGAAGGAAAAGGAGGCUGAAAAGGAGAAUACUGGCACCACUUGUGGAGUAAAGGUGCCAUUCCCGCAGGUACUGAAUCAGAAGAAGAAGAAAGAUGAACAGUUCACUCGAUUUCUGGACAUCUUCAGAAAGGUGCAUGUGAACAUCCCUUUGAUCGAGGCACUGCAGUAG